ACUGGAUAAAGUAAUAUCCAAAUCGCAAAGAUCGCGGUGCUUUUCCUUUUGAUCUCACUUCUUCCACUGCCUCCCUAGAACCUUUGAGAGAACAAACAAAUUCUCUCUCUCUCUCUCUCUCCAAACCACGGAAACUAGUCAAAAAGAGCGGAUUUCCUGUCAAAUCGAGCGCUUUUUGGUUGAAAAUUAGAAGUGGGCAUUGCUUGGGUUUCUGUUUGGAGGAUCUCCGAGGCUUUUCUGCCGAACUUUACAUGCCCCCUACUUCUGAUUCCAAUAACUGGUGCUUCAUCCAAAAACUGAAGUGGUUUUGGUUGUUUUGUGAUGUAAGCCCCCCAAAGUACUCCGAUUUACAUUCUUACGAUGGCUUGGUCGAUGAAGAGCUUCCUUUACUCAGAUGGGUUGAAUUUGAAUGAAACUAUUCUUCGCUCAAAAUCCAGAAGCGUUUGUGGGUUUUAUCCCCCUUUUGGUGUUUCACCCUCGAGAGACUCAAAACCAAGAGCUUUACCAGUUUUGGGGUAUGAUUUUAUGGGAAAGCCCUUACUUGUCUCAGAUCAAAAGGGUCAUAGACGCUGGAGUCCCAAAUCCUCGAGCAAUUUCUCUAUUCAUGCACAAGCAUCAAUCUGCGUAAGCCGAAAUAUGAGAUGGUGGGAGAAGACUCCUAAACCCAACAUGGUGGAGAUUCAAUCGGCGCAAGAACUUGUGGAUUCGCUGCUUAAUGCUGGUGAUAGGUUGGUCAUCGUCGACUUCUAUUCACCUGGUUGUGGAGGCUGCAAAGCUCUCCAUCCCAAGAUCUGUCAGCUGGCUGAGUUGAACCCUAAUGCGAUUUUUCUUAAAGUUAACUAUGAGGAUCUCAAACCCAUGUGCCACGGUCUCCACAUUCAUGUCCUUCCAUUCUUUAGGUUCUAUAGAGGUGCAGAUGGCCGUCUAUGCAGCUUCAGCUGCACCAAUGCCACAAUCAAGAAAUUCAAAGAUGCAUUGGCAAAGCAUGGGACUGAACGAUGUAGUCUUGGGCCAACAAAAGGUUUAGAUGACUCUGAGCUAAUGAAUUUAGCAUCCAUUGGUGAAGUUUCAGUACACUCACCAUUGCCAUCCACCAAGGAAGGAUGUUUGGAGAAUUUGGUUGUGGAAAGCAUAGAAUUCUCUGGUGUUAUGAAAAAAAGAGGCAAUAUGGAAACCAGAAAGGAGAUGCUUUGUUGAAGCUAUCUAUCAAGGAUAAAGAUUAUUAGAGAUUGGUUUUGGGGUGAAGAAGCUCCAUGUUUUUUGAAAUGGUGCUCAUCUCAUUUUUACUUGUGUAUAUAUAUAUAUAUAUAUAUUGUUGAGUUUUCCAUAAGCGGGCUUCUGGGUUUUUUGAAUUGAGCCCUGCCAGUUUGGUUAAUCUGUUAUUGGAUUGGAUAUUGUGAUCUGCUAUAGAGUUCGUGCAGAUCCAGCUUGAUUAAUAUUUAAAUCUCAGUUAUGGUU